CAUCAAGUUUCCUAUUGGCUGUUGCAAAUUAUUUCUCUAUAAUCAUUAUUCUCAGAGAAACAAUAUCUAGAGCCAAAAUAAGUUUACGCUACACAGUUUUAUUUGAUUUCACAUGGAGCAACAAACACAUGAUAAAUACUGACUUCUAGUUUCAGGUGCUGAAGAUGUAAAGAAGAGUUCCUGCAGAGCUGCUGCAGUGUUUCUGGGUCUGCUGUGUCUUCUCCUCCUGGCUGGACUCAUAACUCUGGUUUUCCUCUACAUCCGAGGCAGGUCUGAGUGGGAAAAGGAGAUGGUCCAGAUACAGACCGACUACAGCAACCUGACUAGAGAGAGAAAUGAGUUAAACAACAGCUACAACAUCCUGGCUGAAGAACAAGACCAACUUCAAAAAAGGUUUGAAGAGAUGAACAAUGAGAGAAAAGAUUUUCAAAGAAUGAUUCAAGACAAAUGUCACUGUGGGUGCUGGAGAAGUUUUGGCUCCAAAUAUUACUACAUAUCCUCUGAGCAGAAGACCUGGGAGGAGAGCACAGAGGAUUGUCGGCAGAAAGGAACUGACCUGGUGAUCAUCAAUAGUGAAGAAGAACAGCAAUUUCUUAUUGAUCUCAAUAAAAGAGUUUGGAUCGGGCUGACUGACCAAGAAAAGGAGGGUGUCUGGAAAUGGGUGGAUGGGACAGCUCUGAGCACAAGGAAUUGGUUACCUUCACAGCCUGACAACUAUAGAGAAGAGGAUUGUGCAGAGAUGAAAGUGAAUGUCCAUAGAUCUUUUUUGAAAUGGAAUGACAUACCUUGUUCACAAAACAAUUACUGGGUUUGUGAAACAGUGGAUGUAUGACAGAAAAUGUGACAGUGAAAUGUACGUUAAAGCUGUUAAUAAUUUGAUCAUUGGAGAUGAUCAGAUAAUGUGUUUGAGUCUAAAUAAGAGUCCUACACACUUACCAGGUUAUCCAUUGUGUCUCUUUGAUCUCUGCUAAAUGUCUUUGCAUAUAAUAUUUUCUAUGGUAAAACUUAUGUUCAGUAUAAACAUUUUCAAAUAUAUUUGUUUUCAAUAAACUUUUGAACUUGUCAAAUA